GAGCCGCCGCCCGCCGCCUUUAUCUGGCCCGGCGGCGCGGGGGGGUGGCACUGGGGAACACCUCGUCGGGAGAUAGGCGCUUAUAAAUAGGGCGCCGGGGAUGGGAGCGGGGACACGGGCGGCGGCGGGCUGACGGCGGCGGGGAGCGGCUGCGGGACACGGGCUUCCCCACGGGAAAGCAGGAGCCGAGGCACGGCGGAGGGCAGCCGGAGCGCCUAGCCAGGAGGAGGACGAGAAGGAGGAGGAGGAGGUCGGCCCCGCCGUCAUGAUGCAGAUCUGCGACUCGUACAGCCAGAAGUACUCCCUGUUCAACGCCAUGAACCGCUUCAUCGGCGCCGUCAACAACAUGGACCAGACGGUGAUGGUGCCCAGCCUGCUGCGCGACGUGCCGCUGCUGCUGGAGGAGCUGGACGCGGCGGGCGCCGUCUGCCCGGAGCGGGAGGCCGCGCUGCCGACGGGCAGCCCCGGCGCCUACUUCUCCCGGCGGGACAUGUACAGCCACUACGUGCUGCUCAAGUCCAUCCGCAACGACAUCGAGUGGGGCGUGGUGCAGCAGCCGCCGGCCGCCGACGAGGCCGCCCGCAAGAAGGACAAGCUGGGCGGCGGGCCGGCCGAGGAAGGCGAGGCGGAGGAGGACCUGGAGCAGCAGUUCCACUACCACCUCAGCGGCCUGCACACGGUGCUCUCCAAGCUCACCCGCAAGGCCAACGUGCUCACCAACCGAUACAAGCAGGAGAUCGGCUUCGGCAGCUGGGGGCAGUGAGGGUGGGAGCGUGGGGCGGGGGACGGGAUGGGAUGGGACGGGACGGGGGGUGGCGGCGGCGGUGGGAGCGGGGUUCCCUCCGCAGGGCCCCCCCCUUGUUUUGCACUACUUUCAUAACGGGGGUGGGGUCUCCCCGCGUGUUCCCGGACUGCAGUCGUUUUUACCAACGCACAAACAGAGAGAGAGAGAGAUGUAAAUUAAUCGAUACUAGUUUAUUAAUUUUUUUUCCUUUUUUUUUUUUUUUUUUUUUUUGUAUGGUGUGGGGCAAGCUGUGCCUCUCUGGGCAGGGAGGGUGAAUUUGUACGUGUAUGAGCGGGUUGCAUAGCUGGCCGGUCUGAGGCUAAAGACAAGCCGAUGAAAAUAACGAGACUGGCUUAAAAUUGCUCGUCUUACCCGGGACGGGACCCAGUGGGCUCGCAAGCACCCCAGUUCACUGGGAGGAUGAAGGGUUCCACGGUUGUACAUGUACUGAAGCCUAUUUAAAACUUUUUUACUCAGAUGUAGAGUAUAUUCUAAAAUAAAUGCAAAUGUAUUGACUAAAAGUGACUUAACUUUUUGGUAUGAUUUAUGUUUCAUUAAUUAAAUGAUAUUUUUAACAUCUG